UCUUUUCAGAAUAUUGUCUACUAUGUCGGAAUAUUUUGAAUGAUAUUUCUAUAGCAUUAUUGGAAAUUCAACACGACAGAUUUCAUGUUGUCGAAUCAUUUUAUUUGACAGUGCAUGGUUUUUUGAUAUGUUUGUGUGUGUGUGUGUGUGUAAGUAUAUGUCAGGGCGCGAAUUAAAUCAUAGUUUUCAAUGAAAAAGAAAUUCAAUCUCUAUCAAUUUUACCAUCCAUUCUCAUUUUUCAAAAUCAAUGAAUAAAUCAAUCAAUCAAACAUAUAAACAAACAAUGUAUAUUGAAGAAAAACUACGACAACAACAAAUUGAAUCGGAAAUGUUACCGAUGAAACCUCAACGGAAACCAAGCCGUAAGCAAUUAUUGUAUCAACGACGAUCUCAAACAACACCCCAUUAUAUGUUGGCAUCAUGUUCAUCAAAUUCAACACUUCCGACACGUUUUCCAAUACGUACAAUAAAAUGUUUAAAUUUUCAUUGUUUAUCCAAAGUAUUUGAAUAUGUUGAUUUUAAAGAUUUGAUAAAUUGUCAAUUAGUUUGUUCAUUCUGGAAUGAAUGUGUUAAAUUUCAUUUAGCAAAACGUACAUAUUUUGCUUAUGGUAAACAAUAUAAUGAUCUACAAAGAAUGAAUUAUGAUGAUGAAAAAGAAUUUCAAAACAAUACCAAUGAUUCGAAUACACGUGAUCCACUUUCAUUGUCAUUAAAUUCAUUUUAUUCAUGUGAAAAAUGUCAAGCUAUUAUCAAUGAAAAAAUUGCCUACGAUCGUGAUGAAUCAAAUAAUUAUGCUGAAUCAAAAAGUUCCGGUUUAUCAUCGACUAGUGAAAAUCUAAGUUCAAGCUCAAGUCUAUCGGCAUCACAGACAAGUCUUACAUCAUCAUCAGAUUCUGUCAUUGAUUUAUUGGAUCAGAAUAAUAAUAAUACUAAUGGAAAUUAUAAUGAUUACCGUUGUGCUGAAUGUCAGGCUAUUUUUGAAGAAUUGAAAACAUUUACAACAAAAACGACUAAUAAUAAUAAUAAUAAUAAUAGUGAUAAACAGAUACGACAAAAUUAUUAUGAUCAAUUUAUCGAUGCUAUUCGUUUGAAUAUAUUUGAACGAAUUUUAUCUAAAUUACCGAAAUUACGAUUAUUAAAAUAUGCCCAAGGGUAUCGAUAUGGUUUCCAACAUAAUUGUUUGGAUGUAUAUGGAGUGAAUCUAAUAUUACGAACAAAUCGUCAUUGUCCACAUCUGACCAAUAUUGACCUAUCCAAUUGUGUUGGCCUCACCGAAGCCGAUUUCUAUCAAUUGGCUAAAUUUUAUGGUCAACAAUUGAUUUCAUUAAAUGUUUCGGGAUGCCGUAUUGAUGAAACUUGUUUACGGUUAAUAAUCAAAUCCUGUGAUAAAUUACGUUAUUUAAAUAUGGCGAAUAAUUUUUGUCGUCUACAAGGAACAUGUUUAGAAUGGAUUUCUGACAAAAUAGAAACUAUUGUGGCCGAUUAUAAUCAAAAUGUUCGUGUUCUUGAUGGCUUAUUGCAAGGAAAAGGGCGAAACAUUAUUGAACUUGAACUAAAUGUUGGCUAUUGUUUUAAUCCAUCAAUGCCAUAUAAAAUACUAGGCAAUCAUUUUCAGAAUUUAAUUUCAUUGAAAAUUAUAUUCAAAAGUUUUGGAAAAUAUAAACAAGGAAUUUUCAUUCAUUUAGCCAAGCUAAAAGAAUUAGAAUGUCUAUAUCUCAUUGAGGAGAUUGAUGAUUUUGAUUCUGAAAGCUCAUUGGAUGAUUUUUCAGUGUUGGAAAUAUUAAAAUCAUGUGGUUCAAAGCUACGUGAACUAUAUUUACACGCCGCAUCAUCAUUAUUUGGUUGUCAAUCAUCAUUAACUGAUCAUUCGAUCAGUAAAAUUGAUACGUUUUGUCCAUUAUUGGAAGUGUUUUCAAUAAAACGAGCAUCAAUUACUGAUCAAAGUUUGAAUUCAAUUGCACGCCUUAGGAAUGCCUACACUGUUCAGCUGAUUGAUUUAGAAUAUAUUAGCGAUAAAGGCAUUCGACAAAUUAUGACAUCAUUUCGUGAAAAUGAAGAUCAACAUAAACAAAAAUUACGACAGAUUUGUGGUAUCGAUAUCGAUGUUGGACAUAAUGGACCAAAUAUUGAACAAGUAAAACGAAAUUAGCCAUUGAAAAUUAGCACUAUUGUACUGAUAUGUUUAUGCAAUCCAUCAUGACAUUCAAAACAUUCAUCAUCAUAUUCAUUAAAUGGAUAUUAAUUACAUUUUGACAACCGAAUUUCCUUGUAUGUCGACGUUAUUGUUAUUUUUUUGUAUGCCUAUUUGUCGAUGUAUAUUAUACACUAAUGAUUAUUAUUCAAUUGAUUCGUUCAUCAUCAAUGUUUUUUUUAUCUUGAAUGCACUCGAUAUUUAAUGAAUAGUCAAACAUCGUCGUUUUAUUGACAACAACACAAACUUCAAUAGAUCAUCAUUCAUCGAUUCAUUCAACAAUCGCUAUUUAAUUUCGUGAUAAUCAACCAAAAAAAAAUUGAGAUUAAUAUCAGAAAAAUAUUGAGUACACUUAUGCCAUUUAUAAAUGGCUUGAACGGAAACAAUGAUGACGUUCGGUAUGGGCCACCACCCCCAAUAAAUCAUUUUUUUUUUUUUUUUUUUUGGUCAUAAUCAUUUUUAUUAAUCGCUUUCGAACCCUUAUAAUCAAUCAAAUCAAUCAGCCAAUCAUAGUAUUAUUACUUAUUGAUUGACGAAAACGUUGCAAAAUAAAAUAAAAAUCUUAUGACCUCUAAUAUUUGUUUAAAUAAAAUUCCAAAUAAGUAAAAUUCAAUUUGCAAUACUUUCACGAUUUGUAUUCAUGCACGUGGAUAUUUAAUGUUUAUUUUUUAUUAUGUUUGACAAAUAUUAUUAUAUUGAAUUGAA